AUGAGCGAAGAAAGGCUUUCGUCAUCACCUCCAAUGCAAAGCUCGUUGUUUUUAAAUAUGGAGGACGUGUCGGACGAAGAGCCAAUUCCAAAUAAUAGCGAGCCAACGAGCAUUUUUAUAAAUAAUGAUCAAAUCGGAAAAGCAAAUGCUGGUUCUUCAUCAUCUUUGGAAGAUAAUAAUGCAUCACCAGAUAAAUACGGAUCAUUUAUUGAAGAGUUUAAUGCAAGAAAUUCAUUUCCGAAUUCAAUCAAAUGGUGCAAAGAGAAUAAUUCAAUAGCACUACUUACAAACAAUUCCAUUUGUGUUGUGAAUACAAAUACAGAUAAGAGAGGAAUGAUUGUGUUACACAAAGAAACUGAAUCCGAAGAUGGAGUGGUAACUACCAACCACGAGCCAGUGCGUACUUCAACUCAUUUCAAAGAUAGAUCAGUCAUUCAUCCAUCCAUGUUUGUUCGUUUUCUUCCAAGCUGCUUCCGAAGCAUUGGUUGGAGCCCUCCAGUACCGUCCAACAACGCUACAAAAGCAUCUGUAAUUAAUAAUUUUGGAUGCCUUUUAUGUUGUUCCACCUCUGACAACAAUUGCAAAAUUUACAAAAAACCAAAUUUUUCAUUUUCAACACACUGGGAACUUGUCUGUGACGUAAGGUCAAUUUUACAAGAUAAUGACAAAAAUUUACAAGCUAUCGAAAAAGAGCAUCAAAUUUCCUCUCCUCUUCAAAAUAUCAUGCCUCCUCCUUCGCAAGCGUUCGUUGCAGUUGCUAAGAAAACUAGAAUUCAUUCCUCCAAAAAGAACUCCUCUGUCAUGAGCGUUGAACAACAAUUUUUUGCAGAAUUUUACAAAAAUUUCACAGAAGAGUCUGGAUUUGACCCUUCUAAAAAAGAAUACCAGGUUGGAUAUAGAAAAUGGACAGACGAAGAACAAAAGGUUUAUGAUAAGGUGCUCAAAAGCACUUUGGAAGCAUAUAAAUCACGUAUGGAAGAAUUCAACAUUUCAAAAGAGAGUAUAACUAAAAAUCUUUACAUUAAAUUGAGAACUAAAAUGAGAAAAGAUAAAGAAAAGGGUGAACGUUCUGACGUAGUCUGUAAUAUCUACUCUCCUGAGAAAGAAAAAGCUGAAUCUACAAAAAAGAAGUCAAAAAAAAGCAAGACACAAGAAAUUGACGCCACAAACAACGAAGAAAGUAACGAAAGUGAGGAAAUUAGUAACAAACGAAAAUUGAACGAAACACAGGAACCGCUAGAAUCUGAAGAGCAACAAACAGACAAAUCAAAAAAGCCGAAGAGGCUUUAUUUUACAAGAGGAUCAGCCCGAGCCAAAGAUGAAGAGCUCUCUCAACAAGAUUACUUUCACAGACUAACUUUAUCAGAAAUAUUAUGCUUUGAUUUUUCAACAUCAUUUACGAAUUUAAAUGCUGAAUCUAAGAAAAGGGCGUUUUAUUUAGUGUGUGGAUCAAAAUCUGGAUUUAUUUCAGUAUUCUCUGUUAUGCAAACAAUUGACGAGAAAGUCGACAUUCAGCUCAUUGGUUACCACAAAGUCUUUUCCACCUUUAUAUCUAUUGUAAAGUUUCUUCCUUCAGCAGAAUCAGAAAACUAUUUCCGAGUUGUUUGUGCUAGCUCCAGCGGCGAGCUCAAGUUUUUGAAAAUUCCUAAAGAAUUCAACCAAAAUAUUGAGAAGCGAGAAGAUUUACUAUCCGUUAGUGACAUGUCUCAACAACAAUUCUCACAAUAUUUUCAUGAAGAUGGAUUACCUGUAAUCGCAAUAGAGCCUCUCUUUGUUUCAUCCAAGACCUCUUCUGAAAACGAUCAAGACACUCUAUAUAUUGCCUAUGCCAAAGCCAAGAAGUUUUUUAUUUGUAAAUUUUCGAUUAAUGCUGGCGGUGACAUGACUCUCAAAUGGAGAAAAUCCUACUCUUGUCAAGAUCAUAUAAUUUCCUCGAUUUCUCUUCAGCAAGUCUCAAUUGCAUGCACCCAGACACAUUGCAAUUUAAAUGCAAUUAUGGUUUACACGAGCUCUCUUGAUGGAAGUUUGGUUCAAUGGAAAAUAGUGGAACAUCCGCAACCCCACAUAGAUUCUUCUGCGCAAACACCAGACAAAUAUAUUUCAGUAACAAUAAUUCCAAAGAGAUCUGAUCUCCCAAUUUGGGGUUGUUCACUCUCUCCUAAUCAUACUCUUGCUGCUAUUGCUGUUGAACGACCUCCUCUAAAGGAAAUACGGAUAGAUUUUGAGCAUCGAAGCAAAACUAGGAUUUACAUUAUUCCUCUCUUCAUGUACGCGAUUAGAGCAAUUUAUCAAAUACCACAAGACCAACAAAUUCCUUCAGCACAUAUCAUUGAUUAUUUCACAACUAAAAUUACUAAGGGAUUGACAUGCAGAGAGCAAUUGUUUGAUAUAGCCGCUUGCCUUACUCAACCUGACAUGAGUCAUGUUGUAGAAGCCAUACUUGACCGUUCCUUUGAACAUGCCACAACAAAUCAAGAUUGGAAUUUGAAAAAAUCCAUUUAUUUCCUUUACUCGAAUAUUUGUACAGAAGCUACAUUGUUGGAAAACGACCCCAAAUAUUUACUCCUUCAGAAGAAGAUAACUCUAGGAAAUUGCAUUAGACAUUUUUAUGCCACUGAGCUCUUGGAUUUUUUAACCAAGCAAGAAUCAAACAAAAAGACACAACUAUUAUUGUGUGAUUGGUUAUUACUUUAUUACGACAGCAUUAUCAAGAAAUAUUAUUGGUCAGCAUCUUCGUACCAAACUCAAGCACCGCUUCCUUCUCAUAACUGCAUUGAUAAAGAUGAAGUGGCCACCCUUACAGACAAUGUUGCAAUGAUUCGAAAUCUCAAAACAAUCACUCAAGCACUCACAACUACCGAAGAUCCGUCAUCUAAUAUGCCCGUUCUUCAUUUUGCUCUCACCCUCCAUUCAUUCUUUUCGAACAACCCAAAACUGGAUGGAACAAACACCGAAAAUACAUUCACUCUACUAAGAAGCAUUGCGACAGAACAAUUUGUACCUCCUCCAAGAGACACAUGUCCAAUUUGCUCACCCUCUCACCCUUCUAACCUUCCCAUGCAAUUAGGAGCUCAAUUUACACAUUCCACCUGCCCUAAGCACCAUCCCAUCACCCGGGACACUUUCACGUUUGAAAUUAUUCGAGAUCCUGUGUACGAUUCGGUCCAAUGUAGAGCAUGUGCCAAAACAAACACAACGAUGGGUAAGAGAAUUAGAGCACAAAGAAAGGGUAACGGUGCUGGUCCAUACAAGACUAGAUCCAUCCACAAGAUUGCCAAGCCACAAUACAGAAAGUGGGACUUUUCUGAAAGAGAAGGUUUCAUGAAGGGUGUCGUCAGACAAAUUUUGCACGAACCAGGUAGAGGAGCUCCACUCGCUGAAGUUGUUUUCCGUGAUCCUCUCAAGCCAAAGAAGGACAUUCAACAUUUCCUCGCUCCAGAAGGUUUAUAUACUGGUCAAUUUGUUUUCUGUGGUAAGAAGGCUGAAUUGAAGAUUGGUAACGUUCUUCCAAUCGGUAACUUGCCAGAAGGUACUGUCUGUUGUAACGUUGAAAGAAAGACUGGUGACAGAGGUGCUUUGGCUAGAGCUGCUGGUGAAUCUGCAGUCAUCAUUGCCCACUCUGAGGACGGUAAGACAAGAGUCAAGCUUCCAUCAGGUGUCAAGAAGACACUCCCAUCCGACAACAGAGCCACAGUCGGUGUUAUUGCUUGUGGUGGUAAGACUGAAAGACCUGUCUUGAAGGCAUCAACCAACUACUUUAGAUUCAAGGCUAAGGGAAGAAAACAAUGGCCAAGAGUCCGUGGUGUUGCUAUGAACCCUGUUGAACACCCUCACGGAGGUGGUAACCAUCAACACAUUGGUAAGCCAUCUACUGUGUCUAGAUGGACACCAGCUGGUAGAAAGGUCGGUUUGAUUGCUGCUCGUAGAACUGGUAGAAUUAGAGGAGGUAAACAAAUCAUCAACCAAGUUGAAAAGUUCGAUUAA